AUGUCCGAACAGAGUACUCCCGCCGCCGAUAACGCCGGCGGCGAACGAAUCAAACUCAACGUCGGGGGGAGGCUCUUUGAGACAACCGUAUCCACUCUUCGCUCCGGCGGGCCGGACUCCCUCCUAUCCGCCCUUUCGAACCGUCCGGGUCACGACUCAGUCUUCAUCGACCGCGACCCGGAGAUCUUCUCCGUCCUACUCUCCCUCCUCCGGUCCAACCGCCUCCCCUCCACCGCAAAGCGCUUCUCCAACCAGGAGCUCAUCGACGAGGCCCACUACUUCGGCAUCGAGUCCCAGCUCAGGUCCGCGCUCGCCCCGAGUCGACUCAACGGCAUAGACGCGUCCCUGCACACCACCGUCAAACCCUCGUCCGACGGCAUCGUCACCGAUUUCGACGCCGUCGACUCGGACGGUUCGAUUUGGGUGGCCCACGGCGGUCAGAUCACGGUCUACGACUGGAACCUCGGCCACGCGGCGACCGUGCGGACGCAUCUGGAUUUUAUCACGUCCGCCCGAGUCCACACGGCUGUCGACUCGGACGACUCUGUUUUCGCCUCUUUCGAAUGCCAGCACGGCGAGAACUGCAUCCUUAUGAUCGAUAAACCCACGAUGAGGAUUUCAUCGGAAAUCGGUAGGAUGUCCGGGAAUUCUUCAAAGUAUCUGGUUCCUUCAAAGCUGAAGUAUGUUCCAGAUAUGGGGAUUCUAUUAGGUAGCUCGGUUACUGCCGGGGCAUUCGGAUAUUCCGGGUAUAUCCGUCUGUGGGACCCGAGAACUCGGGACGUGGUUUGGGAGACGAACGAGCCGGGCUCGGGCCGGAGCAGCCGGUUCGGAGACUCGUUCGCCGAUAGUGAUGUCGACCUAAAUGAGCUGUCUUUAUUCAAGAUUUGCUCUAAAUCGGGCGAUUUGGCCAUGGCGGAUUUACGCAAGCUGAGUGAUGACCCGUGGAUUUACUUGAAGGAAAAGAAUCCGAGCAUGAGGAAUGUGGGCUGCAAUGGUGGCGGCAAUUUUGUAGUUCAUUGUUACCAUAAUCAAGUGUUUGUCGGGAGGGAAGGUGAGUUGGAGGUUUGGUCGAGGGUGAAAGGCAACGAAAAUGAGGAGAUUGUGAGCGAAGGGGUUUAUAGGAGGAAUUAUGUGGAUAAAAUCGAGGAUUCAAGUCGAGGUUCUAUCAAGAAAAUAGAAGGCGGUGGGAAUAGGUUAUUUGUGACUAGAGAAGAUGUUGAAGGGAUUGAAGUUUGGCAGAGCACAUGCAAUUCUGGGGUCGUCUCGGUUUUGUGA